AUGCUACGCCCUGCCGCUCAAUCUAGAGCAACCAUUAUCGACACAACUGGUUCAUUUCCUAUUUCUCUCCUAGCAAAGGUCAUCAAAUCUCGGAUCCUCGAAAAGAAAGAGGAGAGCUCUAGGCGAGAUAUAAAGACGGACGUUUAUAAAUCCACACAGCCUGAUGCAGUUGGAAAUAAGGGACUAGAAGACGAAGUGCAGAGAUGCUUAGAAAUGGUGGCUAUCAGUCGGGUGUUUGAUGUUGAAGGGCUGUGGGAGGUAUUGAGUGAAGUAGGACGAGAUGAUCGCUCAAACUUGGAUUGUGAGCAUCCACAAGAAGGAUUAGAGGCUGGCGAUGCGGUGGGAGAAGCGGGAAUUGGGGAGAACGACCUUCUGCAGAAACUCCCAAAGCCUUCGAUAGUGGGAGAGAUUGGUGAUAGUGAGGACGAAUCAACACCAGACGAAGACGAAGUAGCAAUGACUGAACAGCCUGUGCCACGCAUUCAGAAACAAGCCGCCCCGCAAAUCGGAGCCGGGGGGGCGGAAGUCGAAGGCACCGAGAUAAUCAUCGUCGACAAUAUGACCAACAUAAUUAACGAGCUUUUUGCUCGUAAGGAGAAAAGUGAAGCACAUAAUAUCCUCUCCAUUCUCUCGAACAUCAUACACAACCUCUCGUCCCAAUCCAACAUCCUUACCAUCCUCCACAACUCCACCAUCUCAUCCAAAUCCUCCUACCCUCCAGAUCUCGAUCUUCAUUCCCUCUCCAGACGCCAACUUCAGCAAUCCAACCCCUUCCUCUCCUCAGUCUUCCCAUCAAGUCCACUCAAGCCCGCCCUAGGACGGGUCUUUGACCAAUUCCCCUCCCUACACCUCCUCCUCUCCCCCAUCCCAAAGACGCGCGAAGACGCCGAGACUCUUUACGGCGGCGAUGCACACUCGCAUGUCCAGUACAGCACGAUCCUUGAGGUUCUCAAGGACGAGACGCCGAAUAUCGGGAAGCCGGAUGCGAUCGCCGGGUUUGGAGCGAGGGAGCGCCGCUGGGUGGCGCUGGUGGUUGGUGAAGAUGGACUGAGGUUCAGCAGCGCGUUUGGGAAGAAGGGCGAGGGGAGGGGCGGAUGA